AACAACCAUGAAGGUGCGAAUAACGUAUGUGGUGACAGAGCCAGAGAGCUUCAACCCUGACCAGAUCAAUGUCCAGAGAGGGUCGAAGGGAAAACGCGAUACUUUCAAAUUGAACCACGUCAAGGCUGCGAAAGAACACCGUAUCACCCUUGGACUCAACGAGCUCUCCAAACACGAAGCACCAUUUGACAUUGAAGUGCUCAAGAAAUGGCAUGAACUGCACAUUCGCUGGUCGCCAGAUACCCCCACCAGCACAGCACCGGCUCCAUUCACAUCACGAGUGUCGCCAGGUCUACAUAUCUUUUACACACCAUCAACAGAAGUCGAGAACCCAGACCUGUGUCAGGAUGUACGAUUAGUGUUCCGCAGUGUUGACAGGCAUUUCAAAUGCACAACGUCAAAUGAGACAGCGAUCAAGAUGCCGAUGCUUUCAGAGCGCUUCACCAUGUCAACGGCGUUGCAAUACUACUCGCCAUUCUCUGGGGAUGACUGGAUGGCAUCUAGCAUCUCAAGAUGGAUAGAGGGGAUGACAGCAUCGGCUGACACGCCUUCUUACGUGGACAUCGAUUACGAUAGCAUCUCUCAGGCUGUCGUCUGCACAGUUGUCUGGUCGAACAAACCGAGCGACGGCUGGACAGACAAGUACUCAGCCCCCGAAGAGGGCUCAGACUCAACUGUAGAAAUCGGCGUCCUGUCUCACGAGGCCAACACUGACCCCGAAGACUACCAAUUCGGUGGUUUCCUAACCGUACUAGGUCGAGACGACAAACCAAAACCAACGCGCUUCCAAACCCCCACACGGCACUACCCUCUAUUGAACCCAGAACCCUUCGACCCAAACCGUCCCCCCAAACUCUCGCCCCUCCGAUACAAGACCUCCAUCAACCGUCCAUCCGGUCUCCAUCCAACGCUGACCCUCACCCUGCCUACCUCGCACUUAACUGCACCAGACGCAACAUGCAGGCUGCACGCGCACCUCACGCUGCCCUCAGCGCUCUUCAUCGACAGAUACCAAUUCAGCGACCCGCUCUUCCUGUCGUCGCAGAACCUGCUCGCCCUGCGCAGUCUCUCUGGGGCCACGGAUCUCGAAGCGCCAGACUGGGUGAUCCCGCAAUGGGGCAGCGCGGCACUAUUCGAGCUUGCCCUGCCACCGUCCACAUCCACCUCGUCCUCCGUUGCAGAAAAGAACAGCGCCGUGCACGCCGACCACAACAUAUCCAUCCCGCUGCACCUGCGCUACCUCCCCGCCUCGCCUUCCACACACGCAUCUGUCGAUGUCCCCUGGCCCGUAGUGUUCUGGGCGUGCCGUGCGGACGAGGGGUCGAAACAUGCUCAGAACCCAUUUGACAGGCGGCAUCUGGGGUACGAAGCGCUGUUCGGGCCGAAGACGAGGUUUAUGCAUGUGCAGCCUGAUUCACAGGCCGGGAGAUUGGUAGAGACGAUUGAGGUGCCGGUGUUGGAUACGAGGAGAGUAGGGGUAGUGGAGGCAGGGACUGUUGGGAUUGUGGUCGUUGCAUUCCUCGGUCUUUGUUGGGUGCUGUUUGGCAGGCUUGGGGGAAGGAAAGUUGAGGUGGGGAAGAAGGAGCAGUAGUGCGUGGAACAGUCUUUGCGCAAUUUAUAUUUACAAGCAUCGCAUAAAGCGUAGUCAAGAUCAGCGUAUUCGAACAAGUGUUCUUCUAUAUGCAAAAUGCCGCG